AAAAUUGAAGUAAAAUACUAGCAAACCACAAACACAAAAAAAGGGAAUAAAAAGGGAUGGCCUUUGUCCAAAAUUUGUAAACCUAUCGUCUCUGAAAGAACUCAAAAAGGGGGCUUUGGAUUUGAAGAAAAAGUGAAGUAAAAAGUUGUCCAGAAACUCAAAAAGUUGUUUUUUGCUAGUUGUGGCAAAAAUCAAGAAUGCUAACUUCUUCAUUGAGGCUUCCUUUUUUGCCUCUUCCUCACUCUCAUCCUGUAUUUUCCCCUUUGAAUUUCACUAAAGUUGUUCACUUUAACAACCCCAAUUGUCCACUCAAUCCUAUUUCAUCUUCCAAAAGAUGUGGUUCAACAAGUUCAUCUUCCAAUGGACAUACGUGGCCAGAUGGAGAUGCUGAAAGAUAUUGCAGCAAUGAUAAUUUGAGGAAAGAAGAUGAUUAUGCAAUUCAGAUGUUUGGUUCUGAUGAAGAACUCAGCUCUCAGAUUCCAACUCAAGUUCAGACUCUUGUUGAAGGCUCAGGAUCAGUUUUGGUGUCAGAGUAUAAGCCAGUUCCGGAUGUGGACUAUCUGCAGGAGUUGUUAGCUAUUCAACAACAAGGUCCAAGAAAUAUUGGCUUUUUUGGGACACGAAACAUGGGAUUUAUGCAUCAAGAACUUAUUGAGAUUCUAAGCUAUGCCUUGGUCAUUACGAAAAAUCACAUCUUUACUUCUGGAGCAGCAGGCACCAAUGCUGCUGUCAUAAGAGGUGCUCUUCGUGCUGAGAAACCGGAGCUGCUAACAGUGAUAUUGCCACAGAGCUUGGAAAAACAACCUCCGGAAAGUCAGGAGUUAUUGUCAAAAGUGAAACAUGUGAUAGAGAAACCUCACAAUGACCAUCUCUCACUGCUAGAAGCUAGCAGGCUGUGUAACAUGGACAUCAUUUCGCAAGUGCAGCAAGUUAUUUGCUUUGCCUUUCAUGAUAGCAGAUUGCUUAUGGAAACAUGUCAAGAAGCCAAGAAUCUUAGGAAGAUUGUUACUCUUUUUUACUUGGACUAAUGAAUAGCAGCAACUUGUGUUUAUAGAUUCUUUGCUAUUGAAUAUGUUCUUUGUUGAUUAAGGGGGGAAUUUAUACACAUGCUAUGAAGAAUACUGCAAUGCAGAAAUGUUGUUCAUACUCAUGCCAUAGAGGUUAGAUGUUUGUCUCGUCGAUUUCGACAUGAUUUAUACAUGUAUUUAUUUUUGCAUGAGGUGCAAUGCUUCCUUGUAUUUCUACAUAUAUCUUGCUUUACUUGGUUGAACAACUA